UGCGAGUCAGUCAGUUGCUCAUUCAGUUGAUGGUCAGUGAACCAGGAGCAUCUCCAGUAACAGAGCACUGCGAUCCUUCUCAACUCAUCAUGUCAUCUGUAUCUGUGAACAGUGAGCUUGUCUUCUACAUUAAUGGGAAGAAGAUAGUGGAGAAGAAUGCUGAUCCAGAAGAGAUGUUACUGGCUUACCUGCGAAGGAAAGUGGGUCUAACAGGCACAAAGUAUGGCUGUGGUGGAGGUGGAUGUGGGGCCUGUACUGUUAUGGUGUCCAGAUAUGACCCUAUCCAGGAGACUGUGCUUCACUGGUCGGUAAUUGCAUGUCUACAGCCCAUUUGUUCUCUGCAUGGUGCGGCGGUAGUGACCGUCGAAGGCAUUGGAAGCACCAAUACGAAACUACAUCCUGUUCAGGAGCGUAUAGCAAAGGCUCAUGGGUCUCAGUGUGGGUUUUGUACCCCUGGGAUGGUGAUGUCCAUGUACACAUUACUUAGAAAUAACCCACAGCCCACCAUGGAGGACAUUCGAGAGACACUAGGAGGGAACCUAUGCCGUUGUACUGGAUAUCGACCAAUAAUUGAUGGAUUUAAAACAUUCUGCAAUACUCCGAUAUCUUGCCAAAAUGGUGACGGAAAUGGAAAAUGUUGCAUGGAAAACAGCAAUUCUCACAACAAUGAAUCAAUUAUAUCUGGAGAACUUUUCAGCAUGGACAAUGUCUUACCCCUUGACCCAACUCAGGAUUUGAUCUUUCCCCCAGAGUUACUGAUUAUGGGAAAGAAAAAAGCUGAACGACUUUCCUUCCAUGGUGAAAAGGUCAGGUGGAUUUCCCCAGCAGAUCUGAAAGAUUUAAUCAAGCUGAAAUCUGAAUACCCCAACGCACCUCUAUUGGUUGGGAACACAACCAUAGGGCCAAAGAUGAAUCUGAAGGGAACUGUCCAUCCUUUGGUGAUCUAUGGUGGAAGUAUUCCAGAACUUCGAACUAUCAAAUGGAGAAACAAUGGUGUAACUGUAGGGGCAGGAUGCAGUUUGUCUGUUUUGAAGGAUGUCCUUCUGCAAGGAAUCGAGGAACUCGGGCCAGAGAAAAGCAGGGUUUACCAGGCCCUCGUUCAAACAUUACAGAGUUUGGCCAGCAAACAGAUACGCAACAUGGCUACCAUUGGUGGAAAUAUCCUGAGUGCCAACCCCAAAUAUGACUUGAGCAGCAUUCUAGCAGCGGCAGAAUGCACACUAUACAUUGUUUCUAAUGAUGGUGCUCGAGAGAUUUGUCUAAGUGAAGAGUUUUUCACAGACUUUGGUAAAACAGCUCUACGACCAGAUGAGAUUCUGCUGGCUAUUGAAAUUCCUCACUCAAGACCGUGGGAGUUUGUGUCAGCAUUUCGCCAGGCACAGCGCAGAGAGUUCGCCUUCUCCAUAGUGAAUUCUGGCAUGAAGGUGGCAUUCAGACAUGACUCAAAUGUAGUGGAAAACCUAGACAUUUUUUAUGGAGGUGUGGGACCCACUCUGGUAAAAGCCAGACUCACCUGUAAAGAGCUUAUGGGAAGUAAAUGGGAUGAGAAACUUCUGGUAGGGGGAACGCAACUCUUAGAAGAAGAAAUUUGUAUUCCCCCUACUGCCCCUGGUGGAAAGGAAGAGUAUCGCAAGGCUCUAGUACUCAGCUUCUUUUUCAAGUUUUACAUGCAAGUGCUGCUGGAGCUCCAACAGAAGGAGGUUGGCAUGAAUGAUUUGCCAUUAGAGUAUCUCAGCGCAUUAAAACCCUUCAAAAAUGAGGUGCCACAAGGAAACCAUUCUUUCCAGCUUGUACCAGAGACUCAAUCUUCUAAUGACCCGGUGGGACGACCCAAAGUACACCAGGCUGCCCUUCAGCAAGCUACAGGAGAAGCUGUAUAUUAUGAUGACAUUCCAUCUGUUAAAGGAGAACUUUUUGUUUCCAUGGUAACCAGCACCAGGCCUCAUGCAAAGAUCAUCUCUAUAGAUGCAUCGGUAGCUCUAGCCAUGCCUGGAGUGGUCACCUUCAUCUCUGCCAAGGAUGUCCCUGGUCAGAAUCAAAGACUCUGGUUCAACAACCCAGAGGAGCUUUUUGCUGAAGAGGAGGUCAUUUGUGUAGGGCAGAUUAUUGGUGCCAUCGUGGCUGAAACCAGAGAACAAGCCAAACGAGCAGCUGAGCAGGUGGCCAUAUCAUACGAGGACAUCCAACCUGUCUUUUUCACUAUAGAGGAGGCCAUAGAACACCAGUCAUUUUUUGAUCCCAAGAGAAAACUGGAAAGAGGAAAUGUGGAAGAAGGGUUUGAGAAAGCAGACCACAUACUUCAGGGUGAGCUGUAUAUGGGUGGUCAGGAACAUUUUUACAUGGAAACUCAGGGACUGGUUGCGAUUCCUAAGCAAGAGGCUGGUGAACUGGAGCUUUAUGUUGCCAGUCAGCACGCAGCUUAUACUCAGGAAGUGGUGGGCAUCACUCUCGGAAUUGACUCCAAUAAGAUCACGUGUCAUGUGAAGAGGCUAGGAGGUGGAUUUGGGGGUAAAGUCAUGAAGAUUGCAUCAUUAUCCGCCAUCGCUGCUACAGCUGCUUACAAGACUGGCCGUGCUGUGCGAUGUGUACUAGAACGUGAAGAUGACAUGCUAAUCACCAGUGGCAGGUCUCCUUUCUUGGGAAAGUACAAGGUUGGAUACUUGAAUGAUGGAACAAUCUUGGCUGCUGAUAUCACAUACUACAGUAAUGGAGGAUGCACUCUAGAUGAAUCCUCUUUUAUCAUGGAGAAAGCUCUCCUUCACAUGGAUAAUGGCUACAAGAUUCCGAAUCUACGAGGACGUGGACUGGUGUGCAAGACUUACUUACCAUCCUAUACAGCCUUCCGAGGCUUUGGUGGACCUCAAGGGUUGACCAUCAUUGAGAGCGUGUUACAUGAGGUGGCUGUCAGGUGUGGCUUACCUGCACAUCAGGUGAGAGACAUUAACAUGUACAAGGACGAGAAAUGCUACACCCACCACAAGCAGCUCUUUUCUCCCUGUGACAUGGUACGGUGCUGGAAUGAGUGUCUUGAGAAAUCGGACUACGCCCAUCGAUGCCUGUCUAUCAAGCAGUUUAAUGCUCACAACCACUGGAAGAAGAGAGGGAUCUCCAUUGUCCCACAGAAAUUUGGAAUUGGGUUCUCAAAAGGUUUCUACAACCAGGGAGCAGCAUUGGUAAACAUCUACAAAGAUGGAUCGGUUCUGAUCUCACAUGGAGGAACCGAGAUGGGUCAAGGUAUCAACACCAAAGCCAUACAGAUUGCAAGUCGCAUUCUGAAGGUUCCAAUGUCUUCGAUCCACAUCAAGGAGACCUGCACAGGAAAUGUGCCCAAUGCUGCGCCAUCUGCUGCAUCCUUUGGCACGGAUGCUGUCGGGAUGGCAGUCAAGGAUGGCUGUGAGAAACUGAUGAGACGUCUGGAGCCACUCAUAAAGAAACAUCCCCAAUUCACCUGGCAACAACUGGUUGUGGAAGCAUAUUGCCAGAAGAUCAGUUUGUCAGCAACAGGUUUCUUUAUGGGUCCCCAUACCAGUGUUGACUGGGAAAAGAGUGAAGGCAACGCGUACUACUACUUUACUUUCGGGGCCUGUUGCUCAGAGGUGGAAAUCGACUGCUUGACAGGAGAUCACAAGAACAUUAGAACUGACAUCGUGAUGGAUGUUGGCCGGAGCAUAAACCCUGCUCUAGAUGUUGGACAGGUGGAGGGAGGUUUUGUCCAGGGAAUUGGGCUCUAUACUAUAGAGGAGUUGCAGUUUUCUCCUGAGGGUGUGUUGUUGACCAGGGGACCCUCUCGGUAUAAAAUCCCAGCUCUGUGUGACAUCCCUCCUCAGCUUAACGUCCACCUGCUGAGGAACGCAGACAAUCCUCACGCCAUCUACUCAUCAAAGGGGAUCGGGGAACCUCCUGUGUUUUUCGGCUGCACUUUGUUUUUCGCCAUUAAAGAAGCAAUUGCAGCCGCAAGGAGAGAGAGAGGCCUGAGCGAGAGUUUUCCUUUCUCUUCUCCUGCUACUGCAGAAAAGAUACGUAUGGCCUGUGAAGACUGCUUUACCAGGAUGAAUCCACCAGACAGGAAAGUAAAAACCAAACCCUGGGCCAUCAACGUGUGAAGAAAAACAUUUGUAAUGCAUCAUUUAAACAAGCUGUCACUUCCUUUUCAUUGAGACUUUGAGCUCAUGAACUGGAUAUCAGGCUUCCUUAAUAUUUUUAUUAUGCA